AGGAGCAGCGUGGGAGAGGUGGCGUCCAGGCCGGCGCCAUCCAGGGCCUCUCCUAAUCGCUGGAGCUCCCGCAGGUCCGCGCCCAGGAUGCGGUAGUCCGCGCUCUCGAAGCACAGAGAUGACGCCGAGUCCCCGAUCUUGAAAGGACCGGUCUGCGCACGCAGCUCCGGGGUCUCCUCGAUCCUCUCCGCCUUGAGCCGAGACACGUCCGGGAAGUCCACCUCCCAGACGGCAGCUCGGGCCAGGAGGCCCGCCGCUUUCAGACGAAAAUAAAGCGAGUCGGAGCCUGAGCCCAAGGACAGGAUCUGGGCUCUGGUCCGGGACGGGAGCGCGCUAGUGAGUUCGAGGAAGGCGCGCACGCAGUGACGCACGGCGCGCGCGCGCACGUAAUAGCCGCGGUGGAUAAGCGGCGUGCGCCGCACGGGUCCCGGGACCAGCAGCGCCGCAAAGGGGUCGCGCACGUAUCCGUGUGCGGCAAGCGAUCGUUUGCUGAGGGAGCUGCUGUCGUUGGUGCUCUGGACCGUUCCCGCCCGGCGCUGGCGGCCUCGCGGGCCCAUGACGAGAAGGUGCUCAGCAAUACUGCACACAGAACACUUACCGAGCUCCCGCUCAUCCGCUUCUGGGUGAAAGUGAUCCCAGAGCCACACAUAGUGCAAGUCUUGUUUAAAAUGGCAAUCUGAAGGAAGUCCAGCACCUCAGAGAUUCCCACUUUGAUAAGUUUAUCGUCCAAGCCGAGAAUAAGAGCAAAGAGAAACUUUUCCUUCUACUGAAGUGAUGGAGGCCGGACAGCAGUGGCCUGGGAAGACAGACUUUUAUCUGCAAUUACCAAAAGUGGAGCUCCAUGCCCACUUGAAUGGCUCCAUUAGUUCCAGUACCAUGAAGAAACUGAUAGCCAAGAAGCCACAUCUUAACGUUCAUGGUCACAUGACCAUGAUUGACAAGGGGAAGAAAAGGACUUUACAAGAAUGUUUCCAGAUGUUCCAAGUUAUACAUCAGCUUACUACUAGUGCUGAGGACAUCCUGAUGGUCACAAAAGACGUCAUUAAGGAAUUUGCAGAUGAUGGUGUCAAGUACCUGGAGCUGAGGAGCACUCCCAGAGAAGAAAAUGCUACUGGAAUGACUAGGAAGACUUACGUGGAAUCCGUCCUUGAAGGCAUAAAACAAUGCAAACAGGAAAACUUAGAUAUUGAUGUUAGGUAUUUGAUGGCAAUUGACAGAAGAGGUGGCCCAACAAUAGCCAGGGAGACUGUCGAACUUGCUAAAGAGUUCUUCCUCUCUACUGAGAAUACAGUUCUUGGCCUUGACCUCAGUGGAGAUCCAACUAUAGGACAAGCUAACGACUUCUUGGAGCCUCUUUUAGAAGCUAAAAAAGCAGGUCUGAAGUUGGCAUUGCAUCUUGCCGAGAUUCCAAACAGGGAAAAAGAAAAUCAGAUGCUGCUGAGUCUGCUCCCUGACAGAAUUGGGCAUGGGACAUUCCUUAGCGCCUCUGAGGCAGGGGCCCUGGACCAAGUGGACUUCGUGAGGCAACACCAGAUACCCCUCGAACUUUGUUUGACCUCAAACAUCAAAAGCCAGACAGUCCCUUCUUAUGAUCAGCAUCACUUUGGAUUUUGGUACAGCAUUGCUCAUCCUUCUGUGAUCUGUACUGAUGAUAAAGGUGUUUUUGCGACAUACCUUUCUCAAGAAUAUCAACUGGCAGCAGAAACAUUUAAUUUGACCCCAUUUCAGGUGUGGGAUCUGUCCUAUGAAUCCAUCAACUACAUCUUUGCUUGUGACAACACCAGAUCUGAACUGAGAAAAAGGUGGACUCACUUGAAGCAGAAAGUGUUAAACUGUAAUGAGGUGAACUACUUUUGAUUAUACAUUGUAGCCAAGAUCUUCCUGCCCUGUGUAUCCUACUCAGUUACUGCCCACUUGAAAUGACUUCCCUUGAAUUUGGGUAGCCAAGUAUAUAUGGGGUCUAACUCCAGCCCCUUCAACUGGUAAGUUCGAGGUUUUGCAUGGCUGCACUUCCAUGCUGCUUUUGCUGGAGGGUUGUUUAGCCCUCAUUUCCUAGUGACUCUUGUUUUUACACUUAGUGCUCUUUAGACAUUUGUGACCGUGAACCUUCUGAGAAGUUGAAACUCUUUGUCUUCAGGGAAAUCUCUGUUUUGUUAGGUUUAAUCAGACUCCUUCCACUUCCUUUUACCCUUUCAAGUAUUAACUUUUUUAGACUGUUGAUGUUAGGUCACAGUGCACACCUGAACUGUUUGUGUGGGUGCCUAGUUGUCAGGUGACUGUAGUAACAAAGCUAGAAUCUGGCUUUGCCCUUCUCCUAAUAUCUUUAGAAAUAUAUAACGGGGGUUGGAGUAAUCCCUUCAGUUUAAGAAAAGAAAAGAACGACUGGCUUGAAGUAAAAAAGACACAUAGCUGGAGCUUCUGAUUUAAAAUCAGGUUCUAUUUGGCUUCCUUGUGGAAGCUACCAGGACCUCUACAGUGCUAGGACUCUCUUAAAAGAUCUUUGUAGCAAUGGUAGCAUUGUGGCUUCUAGGGUUCUUAGAUCACCAAUAAUCCCAUGCCCACAUGAUAGCCUACAGGUAUAGACUUAUAUAAACACACAUAUACCAUGGCCACAUUAGCCGACUUUAGCAGAUAACAAAUGUCUUGGUUGGUUUUUUUCACAAGCUAGAGUCAUUUGGGAAGAGGGACCCUCAACUGAGAAAAUAUUCCCACAAGAUUGGCCCAAUCAGUGCUUGAUCAGUUAGUGGGCCCAUGCCACAGAGGGUGAUACCACCCUUAGGGACAUGGUUCUGGGUGGAAAGCAAAGGAAAUGGAACAAGGCACGAGGAGCAAGCCAUAGGCAACACUCCUCCAUGGCUUCAGCUUUAGUUCCUGCCUCAACUUCCCAGGAUGACAGACUACAAAUUAUAAGAGGAAAUAACCCUUUCCUCCUUACAUUACAUUUGGUUAUGGUGUUUUGUCACAGCAUUAAAAACACUAAAACAAUAAUGUAUGCUUGAAUUGCUCUUUUUUUUUUUUGUAUAGAAUAGAAUAGAGUUUGUUUAGGGCAUGGGGAGGGGGGUUAAGAGAGUAGUAGAGGCAGAAAGGCAGAGAGGAGAGAGGAGUAGAGGCAUCCUUGACCACGUGGAGAGAGGGGGAACAAGAGAGCAAGAGGCAAGGGAGAGAAGCAGGAGUGAAAGAGUAAGAGAGCCCACCUUCUUAGAAUGUAUGGCUUCCCUGAUCUCAGAGAAGAAACCUGGUGGCACCCUUAGUUCAAUUUUAAGGUUGGGAUUUUUGUGUCUGCCUUUUAGGGUACACACUGUUUUUUGUUUUGUUUUUUUUUUUAAUUAGGUAUUUUCCUCGUUUACAUUUUCAAUGCUAUCCCAAAGGUCCCCCAUACCCACCCCCCCAAUCCCCUACCCACCCACUCCCCCUUCUUGGCCCUGGCGUUCCCCUGUACUGGGGCAUAUAAAGUUUGCAAGUCCAAUGGGCCUCUCUUUGCAGUGAUGGCCGACUAGGCCAUCUUUUGAUACAUAUGCAGCUAGAGACACGAGCUCCCGGGUACUGGUUAGUUCAUAUUGUUGUUCCACCUAUAGGGUUGCAGAUCCCUUUAGCUCCUUGGGUAAUUUCUCUAGCUCCUCCAUUAGGGGCCGUGUGACCCAUCCAAUAGCUGACUGUGAUCAUCCACUUCUGUGUUUGCUAGGCCCCGGUAUAGUCUCACAAGAGACAGCUACAUCUGGGUCCUUUCAGCAAAAUCUUGCUAGUGUAUGCAAUGGUGUCAGCAUUUGGAAGCUGAUUAUGGGAUGGAUCCCUGCAUAUGGCAAUCACUAGAUGGUCCAUCCUUUCGUCACAGCUACAAAUUUUGUCUCUGUAAUACACACUGUUUUAUAACCUUAUAUUUCUAACUAUAUCCACUUAUACAGAUAAAAUCUGUAAAAUGAUUUUUUUUUUUUUUUUUUUUACUGUGCUGGGGAAUUGAAUCCAGGGCCUUGCACAUGCUAGGCAAGCACUCUGCCACUGAGAUACAUCCCCACCCUCCGUUUAGGCAUUUUAUAGCCUUUCAAAGUGUUACAGAAUAAAAAUUGACAGAAAAUCAGUAUGUAUAUAUUCAGUGAGAAAAUAUGGAAAAGUAGUAACAGUGCUAAGGAGACAUGAGAGCAGACGACACUCUCUUCUCUACCGCAAAGGCUGUAGACACGGAAGGGCUAGAGGCCUGGACCUCUCGCUCCCCCUUAGUGUUUUCUCUUUGGCUUUACCUUUGCUUCUAGCCAUCCUCAGCACUGGCACUAUUUGUUUGUGAGGUAGUUUGAGAUAAACUAGUUCUUCCUCUAGUAAUGAGAGUACACCCUGUUCUUUUUAGUCUUCUCAUUUGUAAGUUGAUGAGUUGGUCCUAUAUAAUUUAAAACCUUGCCCAGUUAACUUGAUAUGAUAUUAAUUUAUUUCUUUGCCUACAAUGUAAAGGUUCAGACAGGUAACGUAAAAGAACAAGAAGAAAAAUAUCAGAGAAUUUAUUUUUCUGUCAUCCACAUCUUGAUUAUAAGAACUUAUGGCCAAACUAAUAAUUUUAUAUAGUUUGUAUAUAUAAAAUUUGUACUGAAACAGCUGAAGAAAAACAGAGCACUUUAUUGGCAUAACAUUUAUUAACAUGAUAUCCCUGAGAGGCAGACUAGGUAUAAACAUUAUUUUGCUUUAUAGGAAGAGAAACAGAAGCAGUUUAAGAUACAAGACAUUUGGAACCAUCUGUCUACUAAUACCCUUAUGCCUGUUUCCACAAUACUAUACAUAGACAGAUUAAUACUAAAGAUAAUAAUCUCAUCUUCCUUGACAUUGCAGUUCACAAUAAUCUCAUCUUCCUUGGCAUUGCAGUUCACUUCCAAAGCCGUCUCGGAUCCUGAGGCCCUGCGUUAGACAGGGGUUUCUUGUACCUUCUUGCUUGCUUAGGCAGCAUAAUUGAGAUACCAUUUUCCCUUUAUUGCUAAUGUUACUUCUUUGUUUACAAUUCCUCAGUACCAGAACCACAAUUAAUUACUCAUCCUAAUAAAUUUUAGGAUAGUCUUUCUCCUUGCUACUAUCUCAGAUCUUAAUAAAUGUGAAAAUUAGUUAUUCCAUGUCUUGGCCAUCUGGCCAUGGUCAUCUUUUCUCUGACCUGCUCAUCAAAGUAUCUUCAAUAGACAGUAAUUUCUGCUGUUUAUCUCCCAAAGGAGCUAGUCUCCUAAACUCACCUCCCAGAGCCAUGCUGCUUUCCUCUCAGCAGUAUCCACAGCUCAGUACAACUCAGGGUCUCCCUGUAGCUUUCCCUGUCUCUGCUAAUUGAUUCUCUGCAGACUCUACGGCUCUAUCAUGCAUUCUUAAGGUUUUUUCCUACUUCAAGCUUUAGUGAGCUUUAUAUUUUCUCCUCUUUUGCUUCACUGUUUUCCCAUUUCUCACCCACCUAGCAUCAGUUUUACAACUAGUUUUGGACAGUCUGCCCCACUCCAAUUUACCCAGUUACUUUCCUUCCUUUGAAUGCUGACUUUCUAGACUUUUCUCAGAGCAAGUUAUGUUAAAGAGUAUGUCUUGUGUAGUAACACUACUAGGCUUAGUAAAUGUCUUUAACCCAGUUGCCAGUUUUCAUGGUGAUGUACACCUGUACUUCUAUACUUGCAAUUUGAAGACUGAGGCAGUCGGAUCUCUGAGAUCAAGGGCAGUGAAAUCUCCAUAGUAAGCUACAGGUCGCCAGGGCUACGUAGUGAGACCCUGCCUUUCAAGAAAUAAUAAAUGUUGCAACUAUA